CACAAAGCCUCGCUACCAGCAGCAGCAGCAGGGAGCGCAGGCAGCAUAGCACAGCACAGCACAGCACAACACUAGGCAGAAGCAGAAGCAGGAAGUCCGAGCUCAGAGCCUGUUUUCUUUUCGCUCCCUCGCUCCCUCCCCUCCGCUCCCUCCUCCCCUGGACUGUGCUCUACUCUGCUCAACUCGACUCGGCUGGACUCUCCUCCCACUUCCCAGCUCUCAGUCGCUCACUCACUCUCUGCCUGCAUCCAUCCCCUCGGUGUGUAUGUGUGCGUGCGUGUGUGUGACUACUGUACGGUAGCCGGUCCACUUUCUCUUGACAGCUACGCCACACAAUGCAGAGGCAUCCCCACACCGCCCCAGAAGCUUGGCCCAUUUGCUGAACCCGGAGAAAAAGAGAAAGAGAAAGAAGAAGAAAGGGGGGCACCGGACGGGGGUAGAGAGAGACGGAGAGGAGGAGAAGCAGGAACAACAGCUAACGGCAGACAGGCGCAGACACGGACACAGACACAGAGGGCCCCUUUCUUUUUCUCCCGGGCCUUCCUAUCCUUGGCAGGAGCAGAGAAACAGGGGGAAGGGGGGGGCUGGUCGGUAGUGGCAGUGGUGCCCCUACCAGGGAGAGAGAGCCAUGGAGGCUCCAGUGAGGGAAAGCGGGGCUGCGGCUGGGGUUGAAGCCGAGGCCGGGGCUGCACCAGCCGUGAUGGUGGCGGCGAUGGAGCCGGCCGCUAUGGCAAUGACAGCAGCGGCUGAAUACUUUGCCAACGGGUCAGCCCUGCCUCCGCCGCCGCUGCCCACCCUGAGCCCGGCGGUGCCGCCGUACGUGAAGCUGGGCCUGACGGUGGCCUACACCAUCUUCUACUCGCUGCUCUUCGUCUUUGUCUACGCGCAACUGUGGCUGGUGCUGCGCUACCGCCACAAGCGGCUCAGCUACCAGACGGUCUUCCUGUUCCUGUGCCUGCUGUGGGCCGCGCUGCGCGCCCUGCUCUUCUCCUUCUACUUCAGGGACUGCGUGACGGCCAACACGCUCGGGCCCUUCGCCUUCUGGCUGCUCUACUGCUGCCCCGUCUGCCUGCAGUUCUUCACGCUCAGCCUCAUGAACCUCUACUUUGCACAGGUUGUCUUUAAGGCCAAGUCAAAGUACUCACCAGAACUUGUCAAGUACAGGCUUCCCCUGUACCUGGUCUUCCUGUCCAUAAGCCUGCUCUUCCUGGUGGUCAAUCUCACCUGCGCCCUACUGGUCAAAAUGACUAACACGGAAACCAAGAACAUAGUCCUGGUGCGAGUGGCCAUCAACGACACACUGUUUGUGCUCUGUGCGAUCUCGCUGUCUCUGUGUCUCUACAAGAUUGCAAAGAUGUCCCUGGCCAACAUAUAUCUAGAGUCAAAGGGGACAUCUGUGUGCCAAGUGACUAUAAUCGGUGUGACAGUGAUUCUGCUCUACACAUCACGAGCUUGUUAUAAUCUGGUGGUCCUGGCUUUGGCAAACUUCAAAAGCAUCAACUCAUUUGAUUAUGACUGGUACAAUGUAUCGGAUCAGGCAGAUCUGCACUCCACCCUUGGGGAUACAGGAUACAUAGUGUUUGGGGUGGUCCUGUUCGUGUGGGAACUGCUGCCCACCUCUCUGGUGGUCUUUUUCUUCAGGGUCCAGAGACCAACUCAGGACAGAAAUGCAGCCAUCAUCCCUGGACACAUCUUCUCUUCCAGAGCGUACUUCUUUGACAACCCCAGACGUUAUGACAGUGACGAUGAUCUGGCAUGGAGCAUUAUCCCACAAAAUAUCCAAGCCAGCUUCACGUCGGACAGCUAUGACUGGAGUGCCCAGACCAGUGGCUUUGCGGCCUACAUAGGCGACGAGGACACUCUACACCCUCCACCACCAGAGGAACUAAACCCAUACUAACACCGUCCCAUUGGCUCCUCCAAUGGGAACAGCUAUUAGGAGACAAGGGCUGACUGCAGACACAAAUUGCCAACAAUAUUUUCUAUGACAACGUUUUUGUACAAGUAAUCAAGUGUGUACUUUGAAGCCAGUAGUAACCAAGAGGGAUUCUUUCUUUUCCUGUUUCUUUUUUGACACAUGCACUGCAUUUUGUCAACAUGUCUGAGUUCACUGUAUGUUACGUUAACAUGAUCAUUAAUAUAUUUCAGACGGUGGAUAUUGAGGGAUGUUAAAUGUAUAUUGUUUGUUUUCUAUGGAUUGUUGGGAAGUCGACUUAAAAUUAAUUUAUUAUUAUGCACAACCAUGUUCCCUCCUUGUUUCUGUGUUUCAUCUUUUACUGAGACAUUUAAUAUACUUUGUGCAACAUUGUUUGUGUAUGUUUGACAAUACACAUAUUUUAAGAACCCGGAAUAAAAGUGUCUUUGUAGGGAGGAUUUUAUAACUAGAGUCGGGCUGUUCUUUCUGUAGGACAUGCAUCCAACACUGACCCAACAAAAUCAACCAAAUCUUCAUGAAGCUGACUGUUAACCCAGGUGAAAAAGUGGUUAAAUUUAGUACAAUAAAAGUAUGACUGAAGUGUACUUAGCAUGUUAAAAGUGCACUCGUGCUUUUUGUGCUAAGAAAAAGUAUGUUUACAAUAUGCUUAUCAGUGAUGCGCGGGUCGACGAAAAAACAAGACACACCCGACCGCUUUUUUCCCUAGUCCGCCCGCUUGCCCUGCCCGCAAGAAAUAUUCAUGAAAAAUAUUGACCCGGCCCGCUUCCCGACCCGCCUUUGAAAAUAGUAGCCGUGCGUCUUUAUGAACACCCUAACGUCAUUGGCAAAGCACAAUCAGGUCAAUAAAGGUCUUAAAAAAUGAAUUUGCGUCAAGAACAAGACAGCUGUGCAUUUCAACAGGACAUGUUGGAUUUUUGAACCGAGGCCAUGCAAUGAGGACUGCCGACUGUCACCGAGCAGACGGAGCCAGCCGUCAAGUGGAUUGCCUCGUAGUCAUGGUACGACACAGGAAAUGAAAACAAACUCUGUAAGCAACCCAUGAGCGCGAAACCAUUACAAUUGUAUAAGAAAAUAUGCAGGCUAUAUCCAUCACUGCACUGUUUAGAGAGCACCCUCUGUGUUCUUCAAAAUGCACUCAAUGGUUGCACCUGCUGCACCAGUUGCGCGCAGAAGAUAUUCGGCCGACGCAGGAGCCUCAUUAAGUCUCCUGCAGAGCGCAUGGCACCAUCGUAGUUAUUCAGCCAUAUAAACUUUGAUCUAUUUCGCAAAAAAUGUCCCUGUCUGCUAAAGUAAACUAUAGCCUAUUGGCUAGCCUAUAGCCUACUUUAAAAUUCGGCAUCAUUUCAAAGGUCCUGACCGACCGCACCCGACCCGAAUUUCAUUAAAAAUAAUAUUUCAUAACCCGUGCCUGCGGUCAACCGCAGUUAAUUGCAAGCGCCCGCUGCUUUCGGGUCAGCCCGCGCAUCACUGAUGUCAAGCCCUGAAAUGGACAUGUGUUGAAUGAUUGGACUUUAAAUGUUUCAUGUGUAGGCCUAUAAUGUUUGUGAAUUAUGUCUGUUUGGUGUGGGGAUUCUGUGGGCAACAAUGGGCAAUGUUUGUCGAUAUGAUUUGUAACUGGCGUUUUGUUUUGGAAAGGUCCUGGAGAAAUGGUACGGGCCAAUUGUGAUUGUGUGUCUGCAUUGGUCAAUUGAAUAAUUGCCUGCGUAGUGAAGGGUAUGUAAAACCCAGCUCAUUGUUGAGAGUGAGCGAGAUAGGCGAAGCAGCUGUUUAUCGGUGUAAGCUGUCUUCAGAAAUGUUGUUAAAAGUAGCUGCUGCUGAGAGCGGUAACAAAGUGUCAGAAGUUGUGCCCUCACUUUUGUAUUGAGUAUUUUGAGUUGCCAGUCGAGUUUUGUUAAUGUCCUUGACGUUGCCCACGAGCACAUUUUUGUUUUGUCGAAAAUAAAAACGCUUCGAAGUUUAA